GAAACCGUUGUUUAUUGAGCUCAAUUGGGUGGUGUCUUUCGGGUUUGGUUAUUUGCUCAACCCUAGGGGUCCAGCGCCGGAAUAAAAACAGAUCGCGGAGGAAGAGUCGGAGUCCGAGACAUGCGACCGAAAUCCGAUCACACUAGCGUCGGCGCCGCGGCGUCGGCGGCCUCCUCGCCGUCGGAAUUCGACUCGAUCGACCCGAUCCUCCACCUCCUCCGCUUCCUCCCCUACGGCUUCCUCCGCCCACCUCGUCUCCGCGUGAAGCUGCCCUCCUCCCUGGCCCUCCCCUCCCCGAUGACCGUCUUCUCCCUCGUCCUCCUCACCUACUUCGCCGUCGUCUCUGGCCUCGUCUACGACGUCAUCGUGGAGCCCCCCGGUAUCGGCAGCACCCAGGACCGCUCCACCGGCGCCGUCCGCCCUGUCGUCUUUCUCCCCGGCCGCGUUAACGGCCAGUACAUCAUCGAGGGCCUCUCCUCCGGCUUCAUGUUCGUACUUGGCGGCGUCGGCCUCAUCCUCAUGGACCUCUCCCUUGACCGCAACCGCGCCCACAGCAUCCGCAUCUCCUUCGCCUCCUUCGGGAUCUCUGCCAUCGUCAUCGCCUACAUGAUGAGCAUGCUCUUCAUCCGCAUCAAGAUUCCUGGCUACCUCUGGUGAUCCUCCUCCUUGCCCAAUCUUGUGGAACGAUCCCCAUUGCCCAAGCUCGUGGUUGGUAUUACAGGCAGAGGAGGUGCCAAUUAAACUCUUAUUGCCCAAGCAAAUCUUGAUGCAUGUUGCAGAUGUGGAAGAACUCAGGGAAGCUGAUGGGAGCCUGCCAUCAAUUGUCCAUAGAAAAGGGAGCCCAGGUGCUGCAAAAAAGUAGGUUUGGCAGAAUUUUCUCAUCAGCUGAAAGAUUUACAUUGUCCUGACCCAACCCGCAGCGUAAAUGCCAAGUUAAUGUGAAGGUGGUGUUGUUUCUAUUUCUAGUAUGUUAUGAAGAAACAUUGUUAUCAAGGCAGUGUGUUGGACUAUGGAAAGAAUAUAAGCAGAGGACUGCCAUAGUAAGAUAAAUAUCAGAUUCUACAGCUCAUGUCCGUCAACAGUGCCUUGUUACCCAACACAAUUGGAAAAGGUACUUAUGACUUUUCCCAUUUUCAGCCUUUGGAGCAUAAUAUUGUUUGGAUAUUUCAACAACAGAUCACAUCUUACAGCUCAUGUCCAUUGAUAGCGCCAUGUUACCCAACACGGUUGGAAAAGGAUUCCUUUCCUGCAGUCAGAAACCAUUUGCUUGAUUCUUUGCUCCAUUCAUGGGAUCAUUGAUUAUGUGGCAAACAGCUACUGCAGUGCCUCAAUGACUUGAUGUUUGUUGAGGAACUCCAUACAGUUAUCCAAGGCCGUCAAUUGCGCCUUCAAAUCAGAUUAUAGUUCAAAUGAAACAGUCAUCCAAGGAUUUGUCUAUGGUCAGAUGCUGAGAUUUUCUGGAUUAACCUUGGGCAUGAGUUCUCCAUUAAUUUUGAAAUAUUCAUUUUGCCGACCUUACUUGGAAGUCAUGAUGGCAGACUUCAUGAGGAUGCUUAUCAGAUGAAAGGCACAACAAUAUACUGAUUUUGUUCAACUUACACUAAUAUGCACACUGAUGGAAACAUGAUUUGCUGCAUGGUACUUGCUGAUCGGUAAAUUCCUCUGUUGAAUGAAGCAAAUUUCUCUGUAUAUGCUUAAUCAAGAUAUUACAAAUUAUAUAAUAUGUUUGUACUAGAGAUUUGUAAAAGUUGUAUAAACGAGUUAGAGGUCCUCUAAACAUAUCCACAUAGCUCUCUGCAAUCCUGAAUUCUUGUGCUAUAUAUCUGAUGUAAUAGCAAGAAAGCCUGAGUUCAGGUAUUUGCCAU